AUGGCGAUGCCGACGGGGUUAUGGAGUCGUACGAGGGCUGCAGCGCCACCAGACGCCACGGCCGACUGGGACCAGAGCUGGUGCUACGUGCAGGGCGGCUCCAAUUGCAACCAGUACCUGAAUUCCACCGUGGCUGGCGAGACGCGCAAGUGGCGCGAGUGCGGCUCCUGCAACUGCAUGACGGAGUGGAACUACGAUGGCGAUGCCGACGGGGUUAUGGAGUCGUACGAGGGCUGCAGCGCCACGGCGGACUGGGACCAGAGCUGGUGCUACGUGCAGGGCGGUUCCAAUUGCAACCAGUACCUGAACUCCACCGGCGGCUCCAAUUGCAACCAGGCCCUGGACUCCACCGUGGCCGGCGAGACGCGCAAGUGGCGCGAGUGCGGCUCCUGCAACUGCAUGACGGAGUGGAACUACGAUGGCGAUGCCGACGGGGUUAUGGAGUCGUACGAGGGCUGCAGCGCCACGGCCGACUGGAACCAGACGUGGUGCUACGUGCAGGGCGGCUCCAACUGCAACCAGGCCUUGGACUCCACCGUGGCCGGCGAGACGCGCAAGUGGCUUGAGUGCACCCCGUCGACCCCCUCGCCGACGCCAGCGCCGGACAUCGAGAGUGCCUCAGGCGUUGGAGAGCCGACCAUGACCGCAGCCAUCAUCGCUGUUAUUCUUUCGACCGCCUGUGCGUGA